AUGGUGACCCUCGGGAAUGACGAGGUGUCGCGAGCAGCAGCAGAUGCUGCUGGGGCAGUGCGGCGACAGCAGGAUCACGUGCCUGCCGUGGUGUGCCAUCUACCGCCUGCGCGCCCAGCUGCCGCCCGCUGUCGUUGUCGAUGGUGCGCUGCCCACGCUGCAUUCCCCGUGCUCUCAUUCCACGCCGCAUUCCCCGUGCUCUCAUUCCACGCCGCAUUCCCCGUGCUCUCAUUCCACGCCGCAUUCCCCGUGCUCUCAUUCCACGCCGCAUUCCCCGUGCUCUCAUUCCACGCCGCAUUCCCCGUGCUCUCAUUCCACGCCGCAUUCCCCGUGCUCUCAUUCCACGCCGCAUUCCCCGUGCUCUCAUUCCACGCCGCAUUCCCCGUGCUCUCAUUCCACGCCGCAUUCCCCGUGCUCUCAUUCCACGCCGCAUUCCCAGCCUCUCCCCGCCUCUUUACUCUUAUCCACGCCUCUGGACACCUCUCCACGCCGCGCCCUGCCUCUUUCCACGCCUCUCCACGCCCCUAUACAACCUUUAAUUGA